AUGGAAUGGAGCGAUCUCCAAAAUAUAAAAUUGGCAGAUCCGCAGUUCAACCGCCCCAAUAAAAUUGAUAUUUUAUUAGGGGCAGAUGUCUAUAGUCAGAUAAUAAAGGAAGGUGUGAAAAGAGCACCGAUGGGAACUCUUGUCGCUCAGUGCACCACUUUCGGGUGGAUCCUAUCUGGCAUAGUUAAUUCGGAAAGUUCAAGUCAGGAUAUUAGUUCAAAUACAAUUUCAGUAAUGCAUGCACAGGUAAAUGAAAAUGAUUUACUGAAAAAAUUCUGGGAAAUAGAAGAUCAAACUACGAGCACACAAAGAAUAUUAAGCGAAGAAGAACAAAAAUGUGAAGAGUAUUAUACACUAACGACAACUAGAGCACAGGGUGGUCGCUAUACAGUAAACUUACCUUUUCGGGAUUCACAUCCACUCUGCGUAGGCGGCAACUCUCGAACGAUUGCUGUGAACAGACUUAAAGCGUUAGAACGAAGAUUAUCAAAAGACGAAAAGCUGAAAGAAAAGUAUACACAGGUGAUAAAGGAGUACAUACAAUUAGGACACAUGAGACCUGUAAAAAAAGAAGAAAAAGAAAAUGAAUCUGUUUACUUACCACACCACGCUGUUAUUAGAGAAGAUAAGUUGACAUCAAAGGUGCGUGUCGUCUUCGAUUCGUCCUGCAAAAAUGAGAAUGGAGUGUCGCUUAACGAUUCAUUGAUGGUGGGACCCACACUGCAGUCAGACUUACGGCAUAUAAUAAUACGUUGGAGAAUGCACUACAUAGGUUUAAUAGCAGACAUAAUAAAAAUGUACCGCCAGGUGAGAGUAACGGAUGAUGAUGCUGCGUAUCAACGUAUAGUAUGGAGAAAUAAACCUGAAAAUGAAAUUAUAGAUUAUGAAUUAGUAACAGUAACAUUCGGAACAGCAUCUGCUCCAUAUUUAGCAGUAAAAACAUUACAUCAAGUUGCCCUAGAUGAGGAAAAGAAGUACAAAAUUGCAGCUAAUAUAGUCAGGAAUUCAUUCUAUAUGGACGAUCUUAUGACGGGAUGUUCAACAGUGAAAGAUGGAGUGGAGUUAUACAAGGAAAUGAAUAAUUUAUUAAAAAGCGGAGGAUUUAUACUACAAAAGUGGAAUAGUAAUAAUAAGGCAUUAUUAGAGCAAAUAGAAGUUUAUGAAGGACAAAAAGAAAGGAAGGACAGCGAGGAUCAAGAGGAAGAUAUCAGAGAGAAUAAAAUAGAAAAGGACAUAAUGAUAGAUACAACAAAAAUAUUAGGACUUACCUGGAGCCGCAGUGAUGAUAAAUUUAAGUACUCUGUAAAACUGCCGCCGGGAGAACAGGAUACUGGAUCUGUAACAAAAAGAUCUAUCAUAUCAGACAUUGCUAGGUUGUUUGAUCCACUAGGUUGGGUAGCACCCAGUGUGAUCUUAGCUAAGAUAUUUAUACAAAAAUUGUGGCUUUCGGGUAUAGAUUGGGAUGAUGUAGUCCCGGAUAUAUUAUUACAAGAAUGGGAGACUUACCGUGGUGAGUUGUCACAACUUACCAAUGUGCGUAUUCCAAGGUGGCUCGGUAUGAAGCCUGGUGAUCACGUCGAACUUCACGGUUUCUGUGAUGCAUCAAAGGCAGCGUAUGCUGCAGUUGUAUAUACAAGAACAAUUAGUCAGACCGGAGACAUUUCUGUAUCAUUAUUGGCAGCUAAAACGAAGGUGUCGCCAAUAAAGCAAGUAAGUAUUCCACGGUUGGAGCUUUGUGGCGCAGUUUUGCUAGCUCGACUCUUGGUGGAAGUAGCAGAGGCUAUGAAUGUCGAGAAAUCCAAUUUACGAGCGUGGACUGAUUCCACUGUCGUACUGGCAUGGUUGAACAGUCACCCUAGUCGAUGGAAGACAUUUGUAGGUAACCGUGUAUCGGAAAUUUUAACUACACUGGAUUCAUCUCAUUGGGCUCAUAUAUCAUCGAAGAAUAACCCCGCUGAUUGUGCCUCGAGAGGUAUUCAACCAAGUGCACUUGCAGAAAAUAAGCUUUGGUUGACUGGUCCAGAGUUUUUACGGGAAAAGGAAAUAUUGUACAAUAGAUCAAAGGCUUUCGAAACAAAAAUUGAAGAAACAAUUAAGUCAUAUGUAACAAUAAUAGAGGAUUCUCCAUGGACAAGAUUUUCAAACCUUAAGAAACUUUUGAGAGCAGUUUCUUAUUGUAGACGUUUUUUAAUAGUGAAAAGGGAUAAGAAAAGUGAAAAAUUUAUGUAUUUACAAAAGGAAGAAAUAGAAGAAGCUUUAAAAUGUUUAAUAAGGGAUAGUCAAAGUAAGUGGUUUCAAGAAGAGUAUAUACAAUUGAAGAGCAAUGGUAGUAAAAAAGUAAAGGGAAGUAAAAUUAAUACAUUAUGUCCGUACAUUGAUGAAUAUGGUAUAAUGAGAGUUGAUGGACGACUACAUAAGUCUUCAUUGGAUGAACAUGCAAAACAUCCAAUAAUUUUACCUCAUGCAUCGCAUCUUACUAAACUUAUAAUAAAGGAUUCACAUGAGAGAACUCUGCAUGGAGGUAUCCAAAUGAUGAUAAACUAUUUAAGAUCUGCCUAUUGGAUUGUAGGUGUUAAGAGUCUUGUAAAACAACAUAUCAAGAAAUGUAUCGCUUGUGUAAAACAUAAAAACAAGGUGGCAAACCAACUAAUGGGAUCACUCCCAUCUGAACGUUGUACUCCUACAAGACCUUUUCUUCAUACUGGUAUUGAUUACGCAGGACCCAUAAAUAUUAGGACAUCGAAGGGUAGGGGUCAUCAUUCAUACAAGGGGUACAUUUGUUUGUUUGUCUGUAUGGCAACUCGAGCGAUACAUCUAGAAGUCGUCAGUGACAUGAGUACAAAAGGUUUUAUAGCGGCCUUCAGGCGCUUCACAUCCAGACGUGGACACUGUGCACAAGUAUGGAGCGAUAAUGGCACCAAUUUUGUUGGUGCUGCUCGAGAAUUACAAGAGUUACUUGUUUUACAACAAAAGGUUGCAGAAAAUAUAGCAUGUGAAGGUACUAAAUGGCAUUUUAUACCCCCUCAUGCGCCUAAUUUUGGUGGAUUAUGGGAAGCAGCGGUGCGCUCCACUAAAUUUCACUUAAAAAGAGUUAUAGGAGAGUCAACGUUGACGUAUGAAGAGAUGAGUACACUGCUCAGUCAAAUUGAGGCGUGUCUAAAUUCUAGGCCAAUGACUAUUAUAAAUGGCAAUGAUCCUGAAGAACCUAUGCCAUUAACUCCAGGUCAUUUUCUGGUAGGUGAACCACUAGUAGCUGUGCCAGAUGUUAAUUUUGAGAACUCACCUAUUUCUUCAUUGACUCGAUGGCAGACUAUACAAAAAAUGUUGCAAAAUUUUUGGCGGAGAUGGUCCCAGGAAUAUUUGACUACACUGUUGCAUAGAUAUAAAUGGGCUUCUCAAGUUCCUGAACCUAAAUUAGGAGACAUAGUUCUUGUCAAGGAAAGCGAUAUGCCUCCUAGUCGAUGGUUACUUGGUCGCAUUAUUCAAAAACAUCCUGGCGAUGACAACAUAACCCGAGUAGUCACAUUAAAGACAAAAAGUUCAAUUAUAAAAAGACCAACAUCUAAAUUGUGUGUACUACCAGUUGUUGAUUAG